AUGGAUGUCCUACCGCCACCAGACUACCUUCCCGUCCAACCGAGCGAUUACCCUCAAAUUCCAACUCGGACGCCACCAGCGACUCUUGAGGUAUUGCGUGCUUCUUGUGUUAGCGGUGAUAUUCAGACAUUUCGGGAGAUUCUUGAAUCACAAAGUUCGUCGUCAGACGGCUUUGACAUCUGCGACUUCUAUGCGAUAAUGAUCGAAGCCACCAAACGAGACGACGUACAGUUCAUCAAAGAGCUCCUUGAUUGCGGCUUGCCUAUGGAUCCGCUCUAUGCUCUGGAAGCCGUUAAUGCGAAGGGAAAGGAUGCCCUGGAAGUAUUCCUUAAAAAUGGAUGGGAUAUCAACCAGCCUAUGAGCGAACUCAAACCUACUGUACUAGGGUAUGCUAUUACAGAUGAGGAGAUGGUAGCUUGGCUCCUUGACCAUGGAGCUGAUCCUAAUCGACAAUGUGUUAUUGAUUUCACUCCACUUUCCCUUGCUGUCGAGAGCGCGCCAGUAUCAGUCAUCCAGCUCAUGCUCAGUCGCGGCGGAGAUGUUCGAAAAGGCCAACUUCUCCAUCACGCAAUUGAACGGAAUUCGGAUAUCAUUGCGGUCUUAAGCCUUCUUCUAGAAAAAGGGGCAUCUAUCAAUUCAACUAUGUACAAGGAUCAUUAUCCUUCUCGGACGCUAUCCUCUUUCAUGCUCGGAACGCCUCUGCAUAAAGCGGCUGAACUCGGCAAAGCGGAUGUGGUUAGCUACUUGGUCAGCAAAGGAGCGAACUUGAAUAAUAAAGAUGCAAAAGGUCGCACAGCCCUGGAGUAUGCACGAAUGUUAAAUCAGCGGGAGGUUAUCCAUGCACUCGAGAAAAGCAAGUAG